CACGCACAUUUCGGUGACUCUGUGCGUGAGAGAGAAACCCCCCUGAACCAGACGCCAUCGCCGGAGACCUUGAUCGUCUUCCGACUUCAGCCGGAAACCCUACCUAGUUCGCCAUGGAUGCCGGGUCGGCUCAGUUCCAACAGCAAGCGCAGGUCGCCGCGAUCAUGGGGACCGACCCGGCGGCGUUCGAAACCCUAAUCUCUCACCUCAUGUCUUCCUCCAACGAGCAGAGAUCGCAGGCCGAGUCCAUCUUCAACCUCCUCAAGCAGAGCGAUCCAAACGCCCUCGUUCUGCGGCUCGCGCACGUCCUCAGCUCGUCCGUCCACGUCGAAGCCCGCGCCAUGGCUGCUAUUCUCCUCCGGAAGCUCCUCACCAGGGACGAUUCGUUUAUCUGGCCGAAUCUAACCCCGUCCACUCAGUCUGGCGUCAAAUCUACGCUCCUAACUUGUGUCCAGAUGGAGGAGGCCAAGACGAUCACCAAGAAGCUUUGCGACACUAUAUCUGAGCUCGCCUCCUCCAUUUUGCCAGAGAAUCAGUGGCCUGAAAUAUUGCCUUUCAUGUUUCAAUGCGUUACCUCAGAUUCUCCCAAGCUGCAGGAGUCUGCUUUCCUGAUCUUCGCUCAGUUGGCGCAGUUCAUUGGCGAGACCCUGGUUCCCUAUAUCAAGGAUUUGCAUUCCGUCUUCCUGCAGACCCUGAAUAAUUCACCACAUUCUGAUGUCAGGAUUGCAGCUUUGAGCGCCGUCAUCAAUUUUAUUCAGUGUUUAACUAGCUCCACCGAAAGGGACCGAUUUCAGGAUCUGUUGCCAUCUAUGAUGAAGACAUUGACCGAGUCUCUGAAUAGUAGUCAGGAGGUAACAGCUCAGGAGGCAUUGGAAUUGCUAAUCGAGUUGGCCGGGACUGAACCAAGAUUCUUGAGGAGGCAGCUUGUGGAUGUUGUAGGAUCAAUGCUCCAGAUAGCCGAGGCUGAGAGUUUGGAGGAAGGGACCAGGCAUCUGGCUAUUGAGUUUGUUAUUACUCUGGCAGAGGCAAGGGAGAGGGCCCCUGGGAUGAUGAGAAAACUGCCCCAGUUCAUUAGCAGAUUGUUUGCAAUAUUAUUGAAAAUGUUGCUUGAUAUUGAAGAUGAGCCUGCGUGGCAUUCGGCAGACGCGGAAGAUGAGGAUGCUGGUGAAACCAGUAAUUACAGUGUUGGGCAGGAGUGCUUAGACCGUUUAGCCAUAGCACUAGGUGGAAAUACCAUUGUACCUGUUGCGUCAGAGCAGCUUCCUGCUUACUUAGCUGCUCCAGAAUGGCAGAAACACCACGCAGCCCUCAUUGCACUCGCCCAGAUUGCCGAAGGCUGCUCAAAGGUGAUGGUUAAGAAUUUGGAACAAAUAGUGACUAUGGUUCUGAGUUCAUUUCAAGAUCCUCAUCCACGGGUUAGAUGGGCCGCCAUUAAUGCAAUAGGUCAGUUGUCUACUGACUUGGGACCAGAUCUGCAAAUGCAGUACCAUAGCCGAGUAUUGCCAGCCCUGUCUACAGCUAUGGAUGACUUCCAGAAUCCACGAGUACAGGCACAUGCAGCUUCAGCUGUCCUUAACUUCAGUGAGAACUGCACACCUGAAAUCUUGACGCCCUACUUGGAUGGAAUUGUUAGCAAACUGCUUGUACUCCUGCAGAAUGGCAAGCAAAUGGUGCAAGAAGGAGCAUUAACUGCAUUGGCAUCUGUUGCUGAUUCAUCACAGGAGUACUUCCAAAAAUACUAUGAUGCUGUAAUGCCCUACUUGAAGACCAUCCUUGUUAAUGCAAAUGACAAAACCAGCCGCAUGCUCCGGGCCAAAGCCAUGGAGUGCAUUAGCUUGGUUGGGAUGGCUGUUGGGAAAGAAAAGUUUAGAGAUGAUGCUAAGCAGGUCAUGGAAGUGCUUAUGUCAUUACAAGGAGCACAAUUGGACAGUGAUGACCCUACUAUUAGCUAUAUGCUCCAAGCAUGGGCUAGACUAUGCAAGUGCCUGGGACAAGAUUUUCUUCCUUAUAUGAGUGUAGUAAUGCCACCAUUGCUUCAGUCUGCUCAGCUUAAACCUGAUGUGACUAUAACCUCGGCUGAUUCAGACAAUGAAAUUGAAGAAUCAGAUGAUGAAAGCAUGGAGACUAUUACUCUUGGGGAUAAAAGAAUAGGGAUAAAAACAAGUGUUCUUGAGGAAAAGGCUACUGCUUGUAAUAUGCUAUGUUGUUAUGCUGAUGAGUUGAAGGAAGGCUUUUACCCAUGGAUUGAUCAGGUUGCUCCAACGUUGGUCCCUCUUCUGAAAUUCUAUUUCCAUGAAGAAGUCAGGAAAGCUGCUGUUUCAGCCAUGCCACAGUUGUUACAUUCGGCAAAGCUAGCCGUUGAAAAGGGACUCGCUCAAGGCCGUAAUGAGACAUAUGUCAAACAAUUGUCCGACUAUAUAAUACCCGCUUUGGUUGAAGCUUUGCAUAAGGAACCUGAUACCGAAAUAUGUGCAAACAUGUUGGAUGCAUUGAAUGAAUGUUUGCAGAUCUCUGGACCUCUCCUAGAUGAAGCUCAGGUUCGAAGCAUUGUGGAUGAAAUUAAACAGGUUAUUACCGCCAGUUCAAGUCGGAAAAGUGAACGUGCAGAGAGAGAAAAAGCUGAAGAUUUUGAUGCAGAAGAAAGCGAAUUGCUAAAAGAGGAAAAUGAGCAGGAAGAAGAAGUUUUUGACCAAGUUGGUGAAAUCAUGGGUACAUUGAUAAAGACAUUCAAGGCUUCUUUCUUGCCGUUCUUUGAUGAACUUUCAUCUUAUCUAAUGCCUAUGUGGGGUAAAGACAAAACUGCUGAAGAGAGACGGAUAGCAAUUUGCAUCUUUGAUGAUGUUGCGGAGCAGUGUCGCGAAGCAGCUUUGAAAUACUAUGAUACAUAUCUUCCUUUCCUUUUAGAAGCCUGUAACGAUGAGGGUCCAGAUGUCAGACAGGCUGCUGUUUAUGGACUUGGUGUGUGUGCAGAAUUUGGUGGUUCAGUUUUCAAACCCCUUGUUGGAGAGUCUCUGUCAAGGCUUAAUGCUGUGAUAAAACAUCCAAAUGCUCUUCAACAAGAGAAUUUGAUGGCGUACGACAAUGCAGUUUCUGCAUUGGGGAAGAUAUGUCAUUUCCAUCGUGGAAGUAUUGACUCAGCUCAGGUUGUGCCAGCAUGGCUGCAUUGCUUGCCCAUAAAAGGCGAUUUGAUCGAAGCAAAAGUUGUACAUGAGCAGCUGUGUUCAAUGGUGGAACGGUCCGACGCUGAGCUAUUGGGUCCCAACAAUCAGUAUCUUCCUAAGAUUGUUUCAGUUUUUGCCGAGGUGUUAUGUGCCGGUAAGGAUCUGGCAACGGAACAAACAGCCAGUAGAAUGGUUAGUCUGUUGAGGCAGCUUCAACAGACACUACCACCGGCAACCCUGGCUUCAACAUGGUCAUCCCUUCAGCCUCAACAACAGAUGGCUCUUCAGUCCAUUCUAUCAUCUUAGUGCCUGCUUCUUAAGUUGGAAAAGAGGAAAACGCUCAAACGCCGUCUUUCUUCUCCACAAUGAUGAUGAAACUUGUGGGCCCCGCUGUUGUUCAUUGAGAGGUGAAAUCAGAUUUAUAUUUGAAUUGUUGAUUCUUUGUGUCGUGAAAUGCCAUUCAUCGUCCACCGUUUGAGCUUGGGAAAAAAAUAUGCAAGCAGAGAUGUAUACAUUUUUUUCUUUUAGUUCUUGUUUCAUUUUGGGGUUUGGAAGUGUAUAUUUGUUGUGUCAAGCCAUUGGUUUUGGGGGGGAUUCUAUUUCAGUUUAGCGAGAUCUAUCGGUUUCCCCCCUUUUGGUGACCGUUUUGUGGUUCAAGGGUUGUCAGGGAGGCAGUUCUUGGCUCAGUUUUGUCCGGGCAUCUUUAAUUUUUUUUUUAAAUAUAAAUUUUUUCAUCCAGAUUGUGACAGAACAAGGAGAUAUAUCAAACUUUUGUUGUUUUGGUUGAUAGAGUUUCAUGUUGCUUAACAUAUUAUCAUUGACCACCCACCUUUCACCACAUUGGUUCACAAUCAUUGACACACACAUACAUCUGUUACUUUUCACAAUACCCAUUGAGGUUGGGGUGAGAAGUAAAGGCAAAAGUUGGAG